AGUCUUUGGACGCAGGAGCUUUCGAAUCCCCCCCCCAAGCUGCGCCCACCCAAGCUCUCCAUCUCCAGUCGUAUAUAUCAUAGCCCUAUUCUUCCUCUCAAUCGUAUCAAUCCCAGAAUUGGAAUUCCCCAUUCACCUAGCAAAUACCAAUCACACUAUGGCUGGUUUUCCUCCUGUCGGGGCUAUGCCUCAAAAUAUCCCAGCACCAAUGCAUCAUACUCAAGCUCCCCAAACACGACCUUCAAUGCCCCAGCAGAACGGAGCCCCCGCAGGACUUCCUGCAUUCAUGCCUGCCAACACCCAGCCCUAUAGCCAUCCUCCCGACCCUCCCAUGUAUCUGCGGCGGCAAGAUCCUGCUGAGAUCAAGAAUGCCCGAAGCGGGGAGCCUCCUAUGUACAGAGCUCUCCGCCUCGAAAAGACCCCUGGUGCCUCCAGUGGUGGCAAGGCACGGGAUACAGAAUAUGACUGGGAGACCAUCACUCGUACAGACAAGAAUAUGUCCCAAUCAAGGAUCAAGGAGAGGAUCGAGCACUUAGAUAAAACCACAAGAUCUGUCUCAAAGAAGAAGCAAGACAAGAACGAGACUAUCCAGCUCCAGCUCGACAGGGCUCAAGCUGAUCUGACCAAAGAGGACCGUGACUUCCGGUUCUACUAUAAGUUGGCCCAGAUCGAAUCAGAAUGGCGGGCGGCAGAUGAUCCCAGACACCGGGAUGACAGAAGUGUACGAAGCUCCAGAAAGCAUAGAAGCCACUCGAAGAGGAGCAAAUCUCCUAGGCUCGAGAGAGUGGCAAUCAAUGCAUAUUUCCAGAGGAUGCCCGCCGAUGGUCGGCAUAGCUCCAGAACUCUCGAUACACAUGGAUCGAUGAGACAGCCAAGGCAAAUCCAACAAACACCUGCCCAACCACGAAUGGGAGGGUUACCCUCUGUUACCCUUCCCCAAGGAUUUGUGCCCCCUCCUCCUACUGCUGCUCCUGCUGUUGCAGCCCCUGUCAGACCAGCGCCUCCUCCAGCGACUGAUCCAAGAUUGAACGGCCAACUCAGGCCUCCUAUGGGGGAACAAAACGUUCCUCGUAUGCCCCAAGCCCACUCCCCUCGACAAGGUCCAUUCAACAACGCACAGCAAAGUGUCAUGCCACCUGCAGAGCCAGGAAAUGCGGUCCCUCAUAAUGCAGGUGUCGUAGCACCAGUACCAGCACCAGCACCAGCACCAGCACAAGGACAAGUUCCAGUUCGACCACCCCCAAGACUACCAGCGAUCAAUAUCCCCAUCGACCGACCACCACAUGGGCCAUUGCCAGGGGCGAAGGCUCCUCCACAGAUGCCAUCAUCAGGUCCCGGUGCACCCAAGACUCCAUUCGAGGCAGGCAAUCGCUCACCAAAGAAAACGGCACCAGAGUCAGGGUUCAAUAUUGAAGAAAAGGUCAAGGUUUAUCAUAGCUCAGGCCGAAGUUCCUCGCCAUCUGAUGGUGACGGUGACGAGUGGUCAGAAGAUGAAAGUGAGGACACAAGGCCGUCGUCCAUUGGUUCCGGUAGCAGCCCGCAACGGGGUCGAGGGCGUAGCCCGAACCCGAAGCGUAUGCCUUCCGAUCAUCACGAAAACAUUAUCAUCCAGGAUCCUCGCAACCUCAGAAAGAAUGCCGAAUAUAUGGCUGAUGACCGCUCCUCUCAACAUUCUGAUCGGCAGCAUGUGCGGUUCAAUUCCCCCGGCCGUCGCUACCGUGACGAAAGUUGCUCGCCUAGAGUCGAAUAUCAUUCUCCCCGAGAACAGCCAUGGAAAGGAGAGCCGCCACGAAUUAUCCAGGCAGCAAGACUUAGCGUCCGUCAUGUGCGCGGCACUGCGCCCCGACGAGAUGAUUCUCACGAUAUCAGACCUAGUCGCACCGACAAGCCGCUUGAGCGAGCAAGAUUAGAUGACGGCCAUCGUGAGCGUGACGUUCGAAGAGACAAUGAUCGCUUCAAGCAUAUUGAAGAGGAUCUUCGACGGCGCCGUGAAUUUAAGGAGAGGCGAGAAGAUCGAAGGCCCGACGACUACAAGUACGUUGACCCUGAACCUCGCUGGAGUGAUCGACGGGCUCGAGAGUAUAUGAGCCACAGGGAGCCACGUUAUUCACGGCAGCAUCAUGAAGAUCGUGAGGCUUAUAGGAGAUACAGUGACCGACGAGACUGACAGCAUGAGUCGGCAGUCUUCUUUGAUGCAAUUACUGUGCUUUUACAUAAUGUUUGAAUAGGAUCAGUUCUUUUUACUGACAUAUGGAAUGGGUUAUAUGACGCUGAGGUUUGGGAAUGGCGUUUUUAUCGUUUCAAACGGAUGAAGCUGAGUUGAUAAUUCGAAAUCACACUUAUCUUGGAGCAAAACAUGAAUAUUAUAAUGUCAAAC